UAUUAUGAAUUUAACUUGCUGCAGGAAAUGUGGAUUUACCGAAAAAAAGUAUAAGCGCGGGACUUCUCUUUUUCGACCGUUGAAUUUCAUAAUUUCAAAAAGUCGGUAAUUUCCCUCUUAGUAAUUACAUCAAACACUUGGUAUUCAAUUCCCAUUUUCAUGGAUGAAAUCCAAAUGGGUCCUUCACACACUAAAUUCUCAUCUUCCCUCUCGGGUAACAUCUAUUCUAUCUCCAUUCAAAACCCGAAUUCAGCAAUCCCCAUCUUCAAAAGCUUGUACAUUUAUCCUCAGUCUCGUUGAUAUUAGCCUUUUAUUAUCUACAUGUGGAAAAGAAGGUUACUUCCAUCUGGGUUCUUCAAUUCAUGCCUCCAUCAUUAAAAAUCAUGAAUUUUUUGACUGCCGUAAUGAUUCCGAUGUCCGAAACGUGUUAGUUACUUGGAACUCUCUCCUUUCUAUGUAUGCAAAAUGUGGGAUCUUCACUGAUGCUGUUAAACUGUUUGAUACUAUGCCUAUGAGAGACACUGUCUCAUGGAAUAUAAUGAUUUCUGGGUUUUUUAGGAAUAGGGAGUUGGAUACGGGUUUCGGGUUCUUUGAACGAAUGAGAGAAUUUUCUUUAAAUGGGUUGGAUCAAGCAACUUUAACCAUUGUAUUAUCAGCUUGUGAUAGGCCUGAACUUAGUUUUGCAAAUAAAAUGAUACAUUCUGUGGUGGUUUUAAUUGGUUUUGAGCAAGAAAUUACUGUAGGGAAUGCAUUAAUAACAUCAUAUUUUAAAUGUGGGUGUUAUAGUUCUGGGAGGCAGGUCUUUGAUGAGAUGCUUGAAAGGAACGUUAUUACUUGGACAGCUAUUAUAUCAGGGUUAGCACAGAAUGAAAUGUAUGAGGAUAGCUUGAGAUUAUUUGUGCAAAUGCAUUGUGGCUUUGUGGAACCAAAUUUUUUGACGUAUUUGAGUUCGUUGACAGCAUGUUCGGGUUUGCAAGCAUUGGAGGAAGGGCGUCAAAUUCAUGGACUUGUAUUGAAAUCGGGAAUUCAGUCUGAUUUAUGCAUUGAGAGUGCAUUAAUGGACAUGUAUUCAAAAUGUGGAAGUGUGGAAGAUGCGUGGCGGGUUUUUGAGGCUGCGGUGGAGUUGGAUGAGGUUUCCAUGACUGUAAUUCUCGUAGGUUUUGCACAGAACGGAUUUGAGGAAGAAGCGAUACAGUUUUUCGUGAAAAUGGUGAAUGUUGGAAUUGAGGUUGACCCGAACAUGGUUUCAGCUGUUCUUGGGGUAUUUGGUGUGGAUACUUCUUUAGGUCUUGGUAAACAAAUACAUUCAUUGGUUAUCAAAAGAAGCUUUGGUUCGAAUCCUUUUGUUAGCAAUGGUCUAAUUAACAUGUACUCCAAGUGCGGAGAGUUGCAGGAAUCAAUCAAAGUCUUCGACAAACUACCACAGAGGAACUCAGUUUCAUGGAACUCUAUGAUUGCUGCUUUCGCUCGCCACGGGGAUUGCUUUCGAGCACUACAACUAUACGAAGUGAUGCUUGAGGAACACGCAGCGCCAACGGAUGUUACUUUUCUUUCAUUGCUUCAUGCUUGUAGCCACGUAGGCUUAGUCGACAAAGGUAUGAACUUUCUAAAUUCCAUGACUGAAGUAUACAAUAUUACUCCUAGAACAGAACACUACGCUUGUGUUGUCGACAUGUUAGGUCGAGCAGGGCUUCUCAAUGAAGCUAAAAGCUUCAUCGAAAGCUUAUCUAUACAGCCCGACGUGCUUAUUUGGCAAGCCUUGCUCGGUGCUUGUAGCUUUCGUGGAGAUGCUGAAACGGGGAAAUAUGCAGCUGAAAAGUUGAUGUUAUUAGAACCCGACAAGGCGGCGCCGUAUGUGUUGUUGGCUAAUAUAUAUUCUAGCAAAGGUAGAUGGAGUGAAAGAGCAGAAACUAUUAAGAGAAUGAAAGAAAUGAGAGUGGCUAAAGAAACUGGGAUAAGUUGGAUUGAGAUUGAGAAGAAAGUUCAUAGCUUUGUUGUUGAGGAUAAAAAACAUCCACAAGCUGAGGGGAUAUAUGGAGUUUUGGGAGAAUUGUUUAGGCUCAUGAUUGAUGAAGGGUAUGUGCCUGAUAAGAGGUUUAUUCUUUAUUACAUAGAACAAGAUGGCAAAGAGACAAUCAAUGAUUAGCUUACUGUACUUUACUAGAUAAGAGCUAAGCUUUACUUUCACUGAAACUUGGAGAAUGACAGUCAGAGACUGGUUCUUUCUAUUACAUGAAGGCAUGGUUAAUAGGUUAUAAAACAAGCACAUUGUCAUUCAUAAUUUAAUGGUUAUUUGCAUAUUAGAUUCCAACGUUUCACGUUUGUAGCGAUUUAAUUUUAAUUUUAAAAAUGGCGUAUCGCACAUUCCAA